UCUCCCCACUCCACUGGGCCGCGAGGAAGUCGCAAGAUGGCUGAUGUCGCUUGGAAGUAAUGUUCCCCCGCUGCAACAUGACGCCGUGAGUGUGGAAGACGAGCGAGGGAGGCACAGCCGGGCUUUUAUUUUAUUUUCUUUUAGUUUAUUUUCCUUUAUUCCGCCAAAUAACCAUCUCAUUCUGUGUCGUAUACGCCCUGGACUUGUCUUCGGGAGUUGACGCGUCAAAUCACGCCGGGGACCCUGCCAGCAGUUAGCAUAUAGAAAUACGACUAGCCAGACAGCUACAGCGUGUGUUCGUUUGUUGCAGUUAGCGUUUCAACACCGUCAACUGCUAAUCACAUUCUUAAAUGUAACUUGCUCGUCGGCGUCAAACACCAUCGCUGACAAUUUUGCUAGCUGCUCGAGUAACAUGUCCGCGAAUUGGCCAUCCAGCCUGCGGUUUGCUAACUAGUGCGCAGUAUUGCGUCGACUUCAUGCGAGCAAGGGUUUCUUCAUAUUUAGAAAUCCAGUUCUACACCGCCAACUGUAUCUCUGUGUAGCCAAAUGAUGGGAGUAGUGCAAAUUGACAACUAGUUCUGGCCUUGUCGGUCUCAUCCCAAUCCACAGCAAUGGACACUAGACUCCGCACCCACGUCUAAAUUUGAGUAAUUGAAUCGAAAUAUUUAGUGGGAAAGUAACCAGCAGGCCCCAUCACACGGCCGUGCAUGAUUUCACCAGUUGAUUUUUGUGGGUGUCAGUUAUUUCGCAGGGUUAACUAGCGCCCUUGUCAGUUACUACUUGGGAGACAGUUAGCUCGCUGAUAGCUAGCUCGUCUCGCUCUUCAUCACGUUACAAACACGGCGUACAGAACCUAUUCCGAGCCCGCUCCCGGCCAGACGCACCGGCUCAAUAACACGGUCAUGGGAGUGCAGGGCUUUCAAGAGUAUCUAGAGAAGCGAUGUCCUGGGGCCGCAGUCCCGGUGGACCUGCUCAAGCUCGCUCGUACAGCGGCCCGCCAACCUCCUCACCACCAUCACCCACACCACCACCCACAUCAUCCCGGGCCCAUGCCUCCCCCGCCCCCGCCUGCCAGGAUCCUCAUCGACGCCGACUCCGGCCUGCAACGCCUCUACGGCGGCUACCAGACGGAUUGGGUCUGCGGCGGCCAGUGGAACGCCAUGCUGGGCUACCUGGCCGCUCUGUCCCAGGCCUGCCUGUUCCAGGGUGGCCUGGAGCUGGUGGUGGUUUUCAACGGCACGCUCGGGAAGGAACGCUGGCCCGAGUGGGCGCGGCGAGCUCAGGGCCAGCGACAGACUGCUCAACUGAUAGUCAACCACGUCGGCAGCAAGGCCACCCCGCCUCCCCGGGCAUGGUUCAUGCCCCCGGCCUGCCUCAGCCACUGUGUCCGCCUCGCCAUGUUCCGCUUCCGAGUGCGGGUUGUACAGACUUUGGAAGAUCAUCACCAGGAAGUGCUGUCUCUUUACAGAGACUUUGGAUUUGCCGGCCUGAUAGCUCAGGAUUCUGAGUUUUCACUCUGCAAUGUACCUGCCUAUUUCUCCUCACAUGCACUCAAACUUAGCUGGAAUGGCAAAAAUCUGACAACACACCAGUAUCUGCUGUCUGAAGCCGCCAGGCAGCUCGGACUUAAGACUCAGCACCUACCCUGCUUCGCUGCUCUACUGGGAAAUCAUAUUCUGCCUGAUGAAGACCUGGCUGCCUUCCACUGGAGCCUGCUGGGACCCGAACACCCACUAGCAUCUCUUAAGGUGCGGGCCCAUCAGUUGGUGCUGCCACCCUGUGAAGUGGUGAUUAAGGCUGUGUCAGAGUACGUCUCCUCCAUCAAAGACCUUGGAAACCUAGACGCCAUCGCUAGCGAUGUCUUCAAACAGUCACAGUCUCGCAUGGAGGACAAGGUGGAUCGAUUCAAGAAAGCUGUGGACUACUUCUCAGCUGCCUCCAAACCACGUUCACCCAACAUGGGACCCUCGUCUUUUAUUUUACCUGGGUUUGGACCCACUCCAUUUGGGGGACCACCUGGCCACAUGGGACCGAUGCACCUUGGAAAAAAUCAGUUCCUUCCUCCCCAAAUGCCUGGCUUAAAACCACCUUUUCUAAAUGCUCCAUUUGGACAUGGCCCAGCGCCACUAUUCCCGGACCCACCGCCACCAUCCCAAGACUGCAAUGAUUCACCGACAGGAAAGAUGGGCUUCUCUGACUGGUCGGCGCCAUAUGAUUCCACUCAGGGCGGCGGUCGUUUGCCUAAUCACCACACAAGCACUCAGCCUGGUCCUUCUCCGUCGCCUUCCUCUUCAUCAGAUGGAGAUGAACCUAAUGACAGUAAUGCAAACCAUUUGACGGACAAGCCCUCACGCUGGGAGGAUCCUGCUAUAAGGGCGUGCCCGGUCUCUGGAGAUGCUUCACAAGGCAAUGGGAGCGGGUCAAACAUUCCGUCAUUACUGUCUAUGGCGACGAGAAGUCACAUGGACAUAACCACGCCCCCUCUGCCUCAGGUUAGUGCUGAGGUUCUUCGUGUAGCGGAACAUAGACACAGAAGAGGGCUGAUGUACCCACAGAUUUACCACAUUUUGACCAAGGGAGAGAUGAAAAUGCCAGUUUGUAUAGAGGAUGAGUGUAACUCUGAGCUACCUCCUGCCUCGCUGCUGUUUCGUGCUGCCAGACAAUAUGCCUAUGGCGUCCUCUUCAGUCUGGCUGAAAUACACCGCCGCCUGGAAAGACUUGCCCUCCGUAAGAGAGCGCCCUUGGAAGUUCCUCCAGUGAUUGUCAAAGAGUGGAGCAGUGGUAAAUCCAAGUCCGCUCUGACUCCUGAACUGGUUCCGGCUCUGUGUUUCCGGGAGUGGACGUGUCCAAACUUGCGCCGCCUGUGGUUGGGUCGUGCCAGUGAGGACCGAUCCAGGAGAACCAGGGCUUUCCUGGCCUGUCUACGCUCUGACUGCCCAGCCCUCCUUAACCCAGCACAGGUCCCACAGCAUCUGCUGCUCAUGUGCUGCGUGCUCAGGUAUAUGAUGCAGUGGCCUGGAGGGAGGAUCCUCCAGAGACAUGAGCUGGAUGCCUUCUUGGCCCAGGCUGUUUCAAAUCAGCUUUAUGAACCAGACCAGCUACAGGAACUCAAGGUGGAGAAGGUUGAUGCCCGUGGCGUGCAGCUGGCUGCUCUUUUUAUGGCUGGUGUUGACACAGCGCUGUUCAUCAACGAUGUAUGCGGCCAGCCGUUGCCAUGGGAACACUGCUGUCCCUGGGGCUUCUUUGAUGGCAAACUGUUCCAGAGCAAACUGGCUCGUGCCGCCCGUGAUCGUGCUGCCCUGCUCGAUAUGUGUGAAGGCCAGGAGGAGCUAGUCUCCAAGGUGGAGAAGAUGCGUCAGGCGAUACUCGAGGGGAUUAAUCUGUCUCGUCCUCCUCCACCACCGCCCCCUCUUCCACCCCCUGCCUUCAUGCCACCUGCUAUGGUGCCCCCUUUCUACCCAAUGCCCCCUCUCUACCCACCUCGACCCAUGGGUGGCAUGCCUCCUCAUCACCCACAUCAUCCACACCACCCUGCCCAACACAGACCCAGAGCCUUCCCAGGCAUCCAGUCUAUACCUCCUCAAGGAGGAAAACUGGAGAUUGCUGGCAUGGUUGUUGGCCAGUGGGCUGGGAACAAACCAAUACGUGGCAGAGGGGGGUUCAACAUGCAAGUGGUUUCCGUGGGAGCAGGAAAAGGGAGGGGUAAAGAUAUUCCCGGAAAGCUACGAGGAGGGAAGAAGGCAACUGCCAGCAGAACACAGACAUCGUCACCCCCUCCAUCCAACAGUUCCCCAAAGCCCCCAGAAGAGGUGGGCUCCACGCCAGAGGUUGCGACUCAGCAGCUGAAUGGCAGCUCAGCAGCCAUUGGGCAGCCCUUGGAGCUGGUCCCCCUGACCCAGCCAAUCCAGUGUGCCUUAGCCAGCAGAGACAACCAAUCAGAGGGGGUUGAAGUGGAGGCCCCCUGUUGCCUUGACGACUGCCCUUCAGAUGGAGCGCUACAGAAAGAGGAGUGACGGGAUGCUCGGAGAGAGAGUUAUGUGUUCGACUGCCUUUCCCUGUCUUUGUAGCCCUGCCUCCUAACUGUGCAUGUUAUCCCACGGAGCAGGAAGCCAUUAGAGCAUCCGUCUCCUUUUCUUUUCUGCUCCAUGUGAUGCAUCCAAACAGUUGGUUGUCAAAGCAGUUAAACCCUGUUUUUAGUUUUCUCAUGUGCUUUUAUGUUUUUAUAAAGAGAAGUUUUCUCUGUAAGUCUAAGCGCCCUACCCCUAAAAAAAUAGCCUUUCUCCCGCACACAAAGUAACGUAAGCUUCAAGUUCCACUCUCGUCACCAACCACCACUUAAACAAGCCCCCUCAAGUAUGGUCACCUGUACAGUUUGAGUUUCGUAUUUUGUUUUAAUAGUCCCAUUGUAUGAAACUGCGCACACGUUUGCGGUUCCCCGUGACAGAUUGUAUGUGGUUUCCAUGGGUACAACAUCUAGGCCUUGUCACUAUGGUCUGUGUGUCGAUGCGAUUUGUGAUUGUCAUGUCAUCUAAGCGUUGACUGACAAGAGCUCCAAGGAACAUUCAGAGACUUAACUUUGAACAUGUUGAAAGAUUUAACGUGAAUAUUGUCUGCACAAUGGCCCCCAACUGUGCAAAAUAGCAGCAUUGCUUUAAAAAAAAAAAAUAUAUAUAUAAGAAUUCUAUAUCCCCUUUAUAGUUUGAUUGGUUAUCAAUCACUGGAGCAUUUCUGCACCACCAUGAUAUUAGGAUGCUAUAUUACUUUGCAUAGCCCAGAGUUUAGCUAUGCUCACAGACCCCAGGAAUUUGUGCACCUUAAUCCCUAAAGUAUGCAAAGUUAUACCCUGAUCCUAAAAAAGUGCAUUAUUAUAUUAUAUUCCUAGCCUCCCGGCCCUUUCUCCAAAAGUUUUGAUUGUACUAUCCCAACAGAAGCACUUGAUGUUGUAUUUAAAUAUAAGAAAAAAAUAUGCCCCUCAUACAAAAGAAUUGACUUUAGCACGUAAGGGGUGUGCGCCUAAUUAAUGGAGACAUGUAGAAGAACAUUUAAAGAUAGAAAUCUAUUUGAAAGACGUCAGAAUGUGUACAGAGUGGUUCGAAACAAAGAGACACUUUGUUUUUAAGAUGUUAAACCACACUGACAGGUCCUCUGCCAGGGGAUAAAAAAGUGAAACACUCUGAGGCACCUUUCUAGAGUUAUAGGCCAAAAAGAAGAGACUGCUGCCUAGCAGAUAGUGCAAAUAAACGGAAAAGGUCUCAUGCAGACCCUGCAAAGCCACCUCAUUCUCUAAGGAACUUUUUAAGGACACCUGAUUACCCAUGUUUCCUGGGAAUUAGUUUCAGAAAAGUAACUUCCAAAGUGAAUUUUAACGCAGCUGGCCGACAAGUGGCCUCUGAUGUUAAAGGGGUGUGUCAGCUUAGCCUCAAAGAUCCCUCCAUCCUUGGGUGGCGAUUAAGUAACCGUUGUCCUGGCAAUUGCAACAAGCUGAAAGCUGUGUGCGUUGCCAAGCUGUAGUGUGUCACUUUAAACCAACAGAAUGCUCUUCCCUGCCCCAAAGUUACUCUGACAAACAACGUGGAAACUUAUGGGUCGGAACAUGCGUCAUGGAGAGAGGGCACCCUCACAGUGCCCCUAGUGUCCCACUCAUAUUUGGUGACUACGAUAGUGAAUUGUUUUGUUAAAGCAAUUAUGUUUGUAUUUAACGAAAUGUCCCCCCACAGACAAUGGAAAUCAACAUAUGUACUUUUUACCAGUUCUAUAUACAGAACAACUGCAUGUUUCAAAGCAGUAGACAUACCCGAGAGAUGCUAUCCAGGGGCAUGAAAAUAUGCUACACAGUAUAAGAAGGCAAGUCAACAAGAAAGCACCUUAUUUUCACACUAUGUUGAUGACUUGUGCCCUUUCAUGUGCCACAAAAUUAACAUGGAAAUGCUAUUUUAAAGGAAAAGACAAUGACUAUAUGUAAGUGUUAAUGUAGUCGUGUCAGACAUGCCCCACUGUAUGAACACAACCAUUACAGAAAACGCAAAUAGCCGACCCAGUGACAAGUGUAGGUAGACUUGCGCUCGUCACAUGACUGGGGCACGCCGUCGUUUCUUAACACGGAAUGACAUGAAAAAAGAGGUUAUCGAUGAGAAGUAAAACAACACGAGUGCUGUAUGUUUCUCAUAGUUCAAAAAUGACGGCGUUUGGACUUUAAAAACUCUUAAGACAUCAAAGACUAGGCUAGAGAAUAUGGCUCCACUGGCCGAAAUACCAAGUCUAGACUUUCUAGGAGUCACAUACUUAACUGCUUUCAACUAUUUUGACAUUAGGACAUGUAUUUCAGUAGUACAUCGUUAGAGGGUGGCUUUUCUGCGGCAAGCCAGUGUUAUCUGGUAUAUGAUGCCCUCUUAUCGAUCGCGACACACACACACCAAAUAGCACGCUUACACACAAAUACACGCACGCACACACUCAAUAGAUAUUCAGUUGUUUGUUACCAGCAGCAUUCUCUCUGCUUUCGUGCUUAAGUGAUAUAUUUGUGCAGUUUCAGUUGCCAGUGGAGUGGUUGUCAGUUCAUUGGAGAUCAUUUGGUAACACAUUCGACUGACUCAGAAUCCCUACACUCACGUUAGCAUGGACAUGAAAAAAUACAUGAGAUGUUUCAGGUAGACGAAGUACCUCAGGUAGACGAAGUACCACAUUGAUACAUGCACAUAAACACACAACACAUGCACAUACAUAGAUGUUAAACCCUGAGUUACACAGUAGCUAGUAUGGAUAAAAACAGCAACACAAUACAUAAUCUCCCUCUUGUCCUCGUCUGUUUUAGUUCAAUAGGGAUUUGAAUAAUGACUUUUUUUUAUGCUUGUUAAACCAACCUCCCUUGCCUCUGCUUUUUUGACCCCUCGUCCCCUCCUAUCUACACACUUUUUUUAUUUUACAUGAUCUUUUAUCUUUCUCGUAACACAAGCACAAACACAUAGUUCCCCCUCACUUUGGUCCCCACGAAGCAACAACUCUCUUUUGGAUUUGUCACCAGGCCACCACCUCCAGUGAUGUUUCUUGUCACAAAAGAGAGCAAUCUAUGUAUAGUUAAAAUUAAUAAAUGAUAUGGUUACACAGGUAAAAUUCAACAUGAGUCGGAAGAAGAGUUAAUUAAUGUUGAAUAUUUAAUAGCGGGGGGGGUACAGAACACGCAGAGCUAAAUGUACAUUAACCAUUUGUUUGUGAUUUGAUCAUUUGUCUUAAACAGAGUUUCUGCUGAGGAAUUAAUACCAACAAUUUUAAGAUUUUAAAGAUACGACCCAAAACCAGUUUGCUGGCCUUAAGACUUAGACUUAGACUUGAACUUCCUUUUAUUGUCAUUCAAAUUUGAACUUUACAGUACAGAUAAGAACGAAAUUUUGUUGCAUUAGCAACUAAAUUUCGUUGCUAUUGCAACUGCUAGUCAGUGAUUUCUUCGUGGGGACUACACACACUGUCACCUCAGAUAGUUUAGAAGUAAACACACAGACACAAUGAUAUAAACUUUUAAGUUCUCACUUUCACACCACAACCGCCUCCUUGCUUGGCCCGUAGCCCUAGGAUCAUUUGCAUUGGCCGCCUUUCUCUUUUCUCUCUCGGCUGCCCCGCCCCUUUAAUCAAUCCAACUAACAGUAAUGGUUAUCUUAACAUUAAUCGAUUUCUGUAUGUAUCUAGCCAGAGUUUUAAAAAAAAUUCUGAAAAAAAAAAAUUUAAUUCAGUUGUGCACAUUGUGUUUUUCUUACUAUUUUAAUGUUAUUACAUCUUCUAAUCCUUCUACCAUUGCUUCGGUUAGUACUGAAAUACGCUUAGCCAACCUAGAGAUUUGAACUGUAAUGAUUGCGAUUUUCCUUACCUUUAUAUGGCAUCUUUAGACAACUUCAGCAUUAACGUACGUAAGUAAAUAUUGCCCGUUACCGAUGAGAACCAUUGUCUGCACUGUUGAUUUUCAUAAUAUCCCUGAUGAUAAUUUUGUGGUCGACUUUACCAAUCUAAGCUGAACUCUGCGCCCUUGCACAAAGCAGCGAAACAUGUCACCUGAGAACCAAACAAAGUACACCUACAAUCCCCUUUAUCCUUUCUCCCAAAUCCCCCAUAGUCUAUCUCCGCCUCCCAGAAAUGUCUUAUAGAUGAUUAUGAUUAAAUAUAUAUGUAUAUAUAUAUAUAUAUAUGUAUAUAUAUAUAUAUAUAUAUAUAUAUAUAUAUAUAUGUGUAUGUAUAUAUAUAUAUAUAUAUAUAUAUAUAUAUAUAUAUAUAUAAUGUAUAUGUGUGUGUGUGUGUGUAUAAUGACAUUGCAGCACGUGUGAUUUUAAGACUGAGAGGUAACGGUGGCUAUACACCGUGGUUGUCGUGGAGACGCAAACAGACAGGGAAGCAGGAAGGAAGUGUGAACAGCGAGGUGUAAGCGAGAAGCUAGAAUCAAGAGGGGAUGUAUCUUGAACUCGCUCGUUCACGCUGUUUCAACAGUUCUACAUUGACUGAAUUUAGGCUGUGAGAACCACUGUGCACACUCAUAUGAGAUCCAGUACACCGGAAGGAGUGUGACGCUCAACAAAUACGCUGUCAAACGUGCUGGGGUUUUAGUUCCCCUCUCUUCCCCCUUUAUUUUUCUAAUGUUGUCACACUUUCUCAAGCUUGCCUUAACUCCCUCAACUCCAAAGUGGGCCAGUUUUCCUUGAAUCACAGCUUUGAGAACGAUGGGCUCAUAUGAACAUCAUGACAAUUUGUUGCAGUGCAUCACCCUAUUUGGUGAGCAUUUUUUAGUGUGUAGUCUUUAUAAUUUGAUUAGUUCUUUGCAACCAAUCAUGGAGUAGAUUUUACAAUUGCCCAUUCCUCCAAGGAGGGGUACAAACCUCUCUACUUAUGUUUUACAAGGAAAACCUGUGCUCCUGACUGACUGUGUGGUUAAAAACCCACCUAUGCCCACGUCAGCUAGCAGGAGUUUCUCAGAAGGGCUGACAAUGUUAGAUAAGUCCUGGGGUAAGAAAAGUGCUGUGCAGUGUAGGCGUUAAACAGUAUUAAGGUUAUGAGUUUGGAAAGGUUGACAUGUCUUUUACCUGUUCCGAUCUAUCUGCAGGAUUCUCACAGCAUUUUGUCCAGAUUGAAUAAAGGUUCCUAUCUGUCUGUCUACACUGCCACUCCCCCCUCAGCAACCCUCCAAACUCCAUAAUUACCCUCUCCCCUUUGCAAAGGUGCUCCAAUCAAUGUUUGCCCUCUCUUACCACUUUGUUCAAACAUGCUUUCAGCAGUACCCAGAACCACCUAACUACCUGCACAACAAAAAGGGUUCCUAUAUAUCCAUGAUAUUAUUGUUAUAGAGAUAUUAUCAUCAUCAUUAUCGCUGUUAUAAUUAUGGUCGGUAUAAUUUGUCAUCAUUGUUAGCAUUAUGGAAGCACCAGACUGUUUGUGGAAAGAUGAGCGGAGAAAAAAAAAAGUUACUUUUUUUUGUCUGGCUGUUGGUGGUCUGAUCACAGAGGGAGGGGAGGAAUGGUUCAGAAAGAGACAAAGAUGGCAGUCAUGUUUGUACUGGUUGGGAAAUGACUUACAGUGCUGAAAUAAAAUUUAUUCUUUUAGUAAAAAAAAA